AUGCUCAGGCAGAAAACCUCAGGAGAUGCAUUGAGAGAUGAGUUCCCACACCUGAGGAUUGUGCUUGUUGGGAAAACUGGAGUUGGGAAGAGUGCAUCAGGAAACACCAUCUUAGGAAAAACAGCCUUUGAGUCUGUAACUUCUUUUUCUUCAUCAGUAGUUGGGUGUCGCAAAGUAACAGGGCAGGUGGAUGGUCACAUCGUGGAUGUAGUUGACACUCCGGGUCUGUUUGACACCCUACUGACUCAGGAGCAGGUGAAGACGGAGAUCGUUAAAUGCGUCUCCUUUAUUGCUCCCGGUCCUCACGUGUUCCUGGUUGUGAUCCAGAUCGGCAGGUUUACAAAAGCAGAAGAAGAAACGAUGAAAAUCCUUCAGAAGAUAUUUGGAGUGGAUGCAGGCUGUUACACCAUAGUCUUGUUCACGUAUGGAGACAAUCUGCCAAACGGAGUCGACAUCGACAAAUCAAUCAGUGGAAAUCGGCCUCUGCAUCGCUUCAUCAAUCAGUGCGGAGGAAGAUAUCAUGUUUUUAACAACAAGAGUGAGGAUCGCUCUCAGGUCAAAGAGCUGCUGAAGAAGAUCAACACCAUGGUUCAGACAAAUGGAGCAACAUACUACACCAAUGACAUGCUGCAGGAAGCUGAGAGAGCCAUCAGAGAAGAGAUGGAACGACUUCAGAGAGAAAAUCCAGACAUGGGAGAAGAAGAAGCGAGAAGUCGGGCACAGACGAAGAACAAGAUCCUGAGGGCUGCUGGGAUAGGAGCGGGCCUCGGGAGCAUUUUAGGUCCAGUGGGAGCAGCACUGGGAGCAGCACUGGGAGCAGCAGUCGUAGCAGCAAAGGAGAAAAAAUGUGUCACACAAUAAAAUAAAGAACGUUUGAUCACAUUUUGAUAAUUAUUGGUCAUUAAUGGCACACACAAGACCUGUUAGUCCACGGUAGUUUAUCAUAUUGUGUAAUGCGUCAUCUAAGAGCUGUAUAACAUGAGCCUGUAUACACACGAUCUCCUGAACAUCUUUGGUUCCUGGGUGACGAGCUUUUUCCUCCAUUGCUUAAAUAAAACAUUUUCCUGAAUUUUCUAUAUUUAACACAAACCUUUGAUCCAUCUGACUCAUGCUGGUCCAGGUCUCAGGGACAGAGUCUGGUCUGUACAGAGACUGCCACACCUCUCUAUCCCAGCUACAUCCUCCUGAUGGUCUGGAGGAAAAGCUGCAGCAUCCCCAAGCUAGCUGAGAUGGACUUCCAUGACCUCCUCCCAGUCGGACAUGCCCAGACCUUAGAGAGCAGGCUGGAUUAGCAGCAGCUUUGCUCAGGACGAGCUCGGAGGUUCUGACAUGGUCUCCAGUCACAAACUGAUUAAAAAUAAAAUACUGUUCACAAAUGCAAAGUUUGAAAACAAUAUUUUCUUUAACUUUAAAGUAUAAUAAAU